CUCUCUCUCUCACACACACACACACACUCCCCCCCUCUCUCUCUCUCUCUCUCUCACUCUCACUCCGGCGCUUGGACAGUGGAAUUAUGAGCAGAGCUGACCCAGCCUGAGCCUCUACCACCCUGUCUUCAGUCUGUUAGCGCUUUCACUCUGAGAGAAAUUAAAAGCCGACCAUGGAGAUUGGAGUCCGCAUCCUCUUGGCUUUCCUCGUCCACCAGGUUGCCCAUGUGGGCGGCCAAGAGGAUGGAGGCCACAUGGGCUGUGUGCCUGGCUUCCAGGUCAAACAUUACCAGGUGGUGUACAGUGGACCUUUCCAGAAAGGCCAGCCGCUCGCACAAGUCGAGUUCGACGACUGUGCAGGGAACGACGACGUGGCGUUCGAGGUGUCGGAUCCCAGCUUCGAGGUGGACGGGGAUUUGAAUCUGGUCCCGCGUCAGGACGUCCUGCACAGCCCACCAGUCCUUUUCAUCCACGGCAUCAGCACACACGCGGAUGACGUGGCACAGCUGGCCAUCACUGGACAGUCGCCACACACACUCGGGAAUAUCCUGGGUCUUGGCCAGACGCGGCCAUACAGACACAAGAGAGCCUUGCUGGUCCCUCCUAUGAUCGUAACUGAGAACCAGAGAGCUCCCUUUCCUCGAAUCAUUGGCAGGUCUCAUGUGUUUUUGCCGGAGAAGUUAGGCAGCCGCAUCUUCCGACUGACAGGCCCGGGAGCUGAUCACGAUCCCAGAGGUCUCUUCAUCAUCGAUAUGGACACAGGAGAGGUGUCAGUCAGCCGCUCACUGGACCGGGAGGCCGUGGACUCUUACAAGCUGGAAGUAUCAACCACGGACUUUGCCGGAAACCUUGUUGAUGGCCCCACCUUACUACUGAUCACUGUCAUCGACCAAAAUGACAACCGGCCCAUCUUCAAAGAGUCACGCUACACAGGAGAAGUGCUCGAGGGAUCCCCUACAGGCACCACAGUGAUGAGAAUGACGGCUCUCGACGCAGACGACCCCUCCACGGACAACGCGGCGUUGCGUUACAACAUCGUCAGACAGUCACCUGACAAACCGUCCCCGAACAUGUUCUACAUCGAUGCAGAGAAAGGCGACAUUGUCACCGUCAUCUCCCCCAUACUGCUUGAUCGAGAGACACUGCCAACCACGACGUACGAGUUAGAGAUCGUGGCAAAGGACAUGGCAGGAAGUGAAGUGGGCCUAACAGGAACAGCCACUGCUACCAUUACCAUCACAGACAAGAACGACCACGCGCCCGAGUUCACGCAUCCGCUGUUUGAGGCGACUGUGAAUGAGGGAUCGACAGGGGUCGUGGUCAACCUCACAGUGGACGACCGAGACGACCCUGCCACGGAGGCGUGGAGAGCCAUUUACUCGAUAAUCAACGGGGAUCCGACUCAGAGCUUUGAGAUUCAGACCAAUCCAGACAAUAAUGAAGGGAUGCUUUCUGUUAUCAAGCCUCUGGACUAUGAGGCCACAGCGUUCCACACGCUACUCAUCAAAGUAGAGAAUGAGGACCCUCUGGUUCCCGAUGUCGGCUAUGGCCCCAGCUCCACGGCCACUGUCCACGUCACGGUGCUGGACGUCAACGAGGGCCCCAUCUUCUUCCCCGAUCCCCUCAGAGUCACCAGGAUGGAGAACAUCCCCAUUGGCAGCUUUGUGGCCUCUCUCAAUGCAACAGAUCCAGACAUAUUGCAGAUUCAGAACAUCAGGUACGCUGUUCUGCGAGACCCAGCAGGCUGGCUCAGCGUGAACCCAGUAAAAGGAACUGUCAACACUUCAGCCUCACUGGACCGUGAGUCUCCUUAUGUCCACGACAACAAAUACACAGCUGUCUUCAUCGCCACAGAUAACGGCUUCCCUUCAGCCACAGGCACCGGCUCGUUGGUUAUCCACCUGGAAGACUACAAUGACAACGCCCCCUAUGUGGUGCCGUCGGUAGCGCGAGUAUGUGAAGAUGCCCAUGACAUGAACGUCGCAAUAGUUGGGGGACGGGACAAGGACCUUCCACCCAACGGUGCACCCUUCAAGAUAGAGCUGGGGAAACAGCCCGGUCUAGACAAAACAUGGAGGGUUACCAGGGUCAACUCCACACACUCCCAGAUCAUGCUUUUGCACAGUCUGAAGAAAGCCAACUACCAGCUUCCGUUGCUCAUCACCGACUCAGGGGUCCCCCCUUUGUCCAACAACACAGAGGUCAAAGUUCAGGUGUGCGUCUGUAAGAAGAACAAGAUGCACUGCAGCUCCGCCUACUCCCACCAUGCCAGCCUUCUUGUGCUGCCCGUGACACUCCUGCUCACCCUACUCUGCCUGUAGAUUCUGCUGAAACCUCCCGUAGUCCUUUUCGCUACACUGAAAAGCAACGACUUAUCUCCCCCACGCAACCCAGGCUUAGGAGAGAAGAAGAAGAUGAUGAUGAUAAUGAUGAUGAUGAAAAAGAAGAAGAAGAAGCGAGAAGAUGUCUUCUCACCAUGAUGAAUCAAACAAGAAAAUACACACAAUUCCCCACUGGCACAAUUGCCCUUUUUUUUGACAUUCUUCCUCCUUCCACUCUUGUGUCCUCUCUCUACCUUCCUCAGUGCAUCUGUCCUAUCCCAUGUUAAUCAUGUCAAAUCUCAUGUUUUCCUCACUUUAUAUCUUACCUCUUUAUCUUUCACUCUCUCUCUCUCUCUCCUCUUCUCCUCUCUGCAACCUCUCAACGACUGAUUAAUCCAUUUCCCUAAUUACACAUUUUAACUGUGGCCCAUUCCGGCAACUUUUAUCAUCGUGCUGGCAGUCAAACACUGGGUAUUAUCGGCGUCCAUGGCAACAUGCCACGUCUGUAGGAGAUACUUGAAUCAACAUGUAUAUUGAUGUUGUAGCAAAACAAAAGCUAUACAUGUAUUUCAGUUUUCCCUCAUUCCAUCCUCAGCUUUCCUUUUCUCCUUCUUCCCUCUUUUCCCUGUCAUAGCUACCUCUAUUUCUCUAUUUACUUUCCGUUCUCUGAUCCAUUGUUACUUCACCCUCCCACUUUUCCACCCUGCCCUCCUAUGUGUAGACAUUGUGCCCACUAUCUAUCUGCCUCUCCUUCGCCGUCUCCCCAUAUAUCUAUCUAUUGACAGCUCUCUGUGGGCCAGGAACACUUCUACUGUCCUGGACGGGGAGGAGCAUUGACUUUUUGAUGUGUUUCUUUCUUCUCUCGUCACAGACUGUGUAUGAUCCCGUCCCCCCCGUCCCGUCCCCCCAUCUUUAAGUGAAAAGAACAAAGCCUGUUUUCUUUGUCUGCAGUGGUUGUGGUCUUUUAGGACAAGGUGGUAGCCAUGAGCCUUCGAAGUCAGAAACUCUGGAGUUGUUUCCUCGAUUUGCUUUUGUUUUUAUCGCAUUAGUUGUCAUGGAGUCGGAAGCAGUAUAUCUUUAUAGUAACGGUGUAAACCUUAAAAAAAAAAAGUACUAUUAUAUAAAUAUUUUAUUUUUUACCAUUGUAUAAAUAUACAGUAUUGAUUAACUUAUGUACUUUGAUUGCAAGUUUUUUGGUCAGACACAGUGAGUAAAAAAAAUAAGAGGAUUUUUUGUUUCUGUGAAUUUUAGGGCACUAUUUCUAAUGCUAUUGAUGUGUUCACUAUUUUAUUGUAACAUCGUUUUUAUUUGUUUCUUUUAUGUACGCGAUCAUUUGCGGAAUCAGGAGUCUCGUUUCGACUGCCAUGUGUUUAGUUUGAAUUUUGUCUCUCGCCAGGUCCGUCCUCUCCCGUUCUCUCUCCAUCGCUCAUUACAAGUCACAAGAAGAUGUGUAAGAAGAAAACAAAAGGCUGUGGUUUUGGUGGCUAGUUACGCUUUUUUUUUUGUCUUUCGCUGGUGUGGAAGACCACCGCCAAGAAAAAAAGAUGACAUUUUGAAUGAGUUACGUCUGUCUUUUGCACUAAUUUAAUAAAGCCGUUACUGAAAAUUCC